AUGAGUGUCGUCGAUGAUCGCGUUAACGCUCCAGCUCCCGUCUCUGCUGCUACGCUCAUCAACAACUCUGUUAACGUGCCCAAAGCAACAGACACGGCCAUGUCCUCAAGUCAUACAGCAGCCGCAGCUCUGGGCAUAGAAUUCCUUCCACCGACUGAGCUCCGCCACCUGUACGCGAGACAUUUGUCGCAUGAGGUGCCUGCCAACACUGUGUUUCCCUUCUUGUAUUGCGGCAGGUCUGGCACCCCGCAACAGCACGUGUUUCUUCACGGAUCAACAGAUCUCCCGCCUGUACCGACGCAUCGUGGUCUCACGAUCGUGCGUGCAGAAUCCCAUGACACCAUGCCCGAUCACUCCGUCCUGCUAUCAUCCCUGCGUCUACAGGAUCUGGUCGAUGUGCAUGCGCCGCAUGGGCCAAGGUUUCUCGUGCCAAGCAAGGUCGGAGACAGUACGGGGAUUCGUCAUUUUGCCGCUCAGUCUAUCCACUACGCGAUGAUCUCUGAUAUCGUUGUGUACGGUCCAGAUGGCAUGUGUGACACGGUGUUCGACACAGCACGCGUUCUGCGCGAUGCUCAACUCGAGUUCUUUCGGGAGCGACGGACAACGAAUCCCCAUGCGUCCAAGUUCCGCACCUACAUUUUGCCGGAUCCAUUCACUACGCUGGAAAUCGAGUGCCCGAAUCUUGUUGCAAUUUCGAGCCGAGGCGAGCGCCGGCGCCUCAUCGAUCUAUUUGAGCGGGAAAACGACGAACUACACUUCUUGACGGCACCGACAGCUAUCAGUAAGAAUGUUUGGGUCAGCACGUCAGACCACGUCCAUCCAGAUACCCCUUCCAUGUCGCCUGCACACCGGCCAUUCACCAUCAAUAUUGAGGUGUAUCCGCAUGCAGUGCCGCCGGCGGCAUCGUUCCUGCAAUCCGUCACACAAAGCCUUCGACAGUUUGACGCGUCGCAAGGGCAUGGCAGCCCAUCGAGGCGCGUCCCUCGCGCUCAACUGGAAUGCCCGAAUGCUGUGCAGCAGACAAAGGCGUUGCCUGAACUUGCCCUACGCAUCCUUGAACUGUGCGCAUGGCUCCAUCGACAAGUGCAUCCAGACAAAUGUACCGCUCCCCAGAUACCCCGACACGCGUUGAUGCACUGCGACGAUGGAUACACGGAAGUGUCUGUGCUUGCGCUGGCCUAUCUCAUGUACCAGCACGGCCUGACUCUGUCCGAUGCAUACUUGUACAUGCAUCUGCAUCUUGAGCGGCCCUUUUUCGUGACGCCAUCUGAUUUCCAACUGCUGUUGCUCAUCGAACAGCGGGUGCCAUGGAUGCGCCGCCAAAGCUUGUCGUCCAAAGUGGCCACAUCUCCAACGGCGCUGAAGUCGUGCUCAUCGGCGUUCUCGUCUAGCCCUGCAAGCACGAUGUGGAUCCAAUCCACCCACUUUGAUGGCAGUCUUCCGUCGCGGAUUUUGCCGUUCCUUUACCUCGGCACUGUUUUCCAUGCCAUGAAUGCACGCUUGCUCGAGCAGUUGGGCAUCACUCACGUGGUUUCGGUCGGUGAGAGUGCGAUGCAAGUCAAAGGCCCCUACACACUUCAGACCGCCUACUACACUGGCGAGGUCGAUGUCUUGGAGAUUGAGCAUGUGCCAGACGAUGGUCUUCAUGGCCUUGGUGAGCAUCUCAUCACAGCCAUUCAGUACAUCGAGCGUGCACGGCAACAGGGUGGACGCGUGCUAGUGCACUGUCGCUUUGGUGUGAGCCGCAGUGCGACCGUGGUUCUUGCCUACGUAAUGGCACAUAUGGAUUGGUGCUUCGUCGAUGCGUUUGUAUUCGUACGAAGCCGGCGCCUGCGUAUUCUGAUCCAGCCCCAUGCUCUGUUCGUCUGGGAGCUUUGCAACUGGGAAACCUAUCUUGCACGGCAGAAACGCACAGGUCAUAUGUCGAGUCCCAUCGACAUAGGAUGCGGUCGCCACGCGUAUGUCCUACUUCCCAAGUUUCGACAUGCUCUAGGUGAUUUCCCUGUGACAUGGUCCUAUUUAUGCCAUCAUAUCGCUGCACUGCAUCAUGCGUACGUACAACGAGGCGCGGCGCUCUCAGCAGAGUCAUAG